AGAAGUGCACCAAUAUAAUUGUAAGUUCCCCAAAACAUGCAUUUUGAAUUAAUUGAGAUUCAGGUGUAGAAUGCUGAACUAUUCACUGAUAUCUGGUGAUUGUUUGUCCAAAAUUAUCUGAUGGGAAAAAUAUAACAUUCUAUCCUGACCAAAGGUGACUGAACUUUAUCUGUACUUUAAAGUAAACAAGUUAAUGCAAAUGCAACCUAAAUGGGGAAUCUUGAGGCAGGUGGAUAGCUCUUUACAACUGGGAGAGGAAGCUCAGGUACCAUCUGAAACCUCUUUGGUGCAAGACCUGAUAGGUUCAAGCUUAACCAUCAAUCCUUAAAGGAUUACUGAAGGACGUACAAUAGCUGUAUCAAGAACCAUUCCAUCGCUACAUUUAACCACCUCCUGACCACAUUGAUCAUUGAACAAAGAACAUAAAAAAGUGCAGCACAGGAAUAGGCCAUUUGGCCCACAACAUCUGUGCUGCACAUGAUGCCAUGGUAAAUGAUCUCAUCUGCCUGCACAUCUCCCCAACUCUCUCCAUUUCCUGCAUAUUCAUGUGCCUAUCUAAAAGCCUCUUCAAUGCCAUGAUUGAGUCUGCCUCCAUCAUCAACACAAGCACCCACCAUCCUCUGUGGAAUAAACCUGUCCCCCGUAAAGGCAAGAAGACACUAAUUGGUGUUAUCUACAGACCCCCAAAUAGUAGCCCGGAUGUAGGGUGUAAGUUGCAGCAGGUGUUAAAACUGGCAUGUAACAAAGGUAAUGCCACUGUGGUGAUGGGGGAUUUCAAUAUGCAGGUAGACUAGGAAAAUCAGGGUGGUUCAGGACUCCAAGAAAGAGAGUUUGUACAGUGCCUCCGAGGUGGAUUCUUAGAGCAGACCAGAGAAAAGGCAAUUCUGUAUUUAGUGUUGUCUAAUGAACCAGAUUUGAUAAGAGAACACGAGGUAAAGGAACUGCUUGUAGUGAUCAUAAUAUGAUUAGUUUUAAUCUGCAAUUUGAGAAGGAGAAGGUUAAAUCGGAAGUGGCAGUGAUGAAGUUGAACAAAGGGGACUAUGAAGGCAUGAGAGAGGAGCUGGCCAAGAUAGACUGGAAAGGGAUCCUAGCAGGAAUGAUGGUGGAACAGCAAUGGCAGGAGUUUCUGGGCAUAAACCGGAAGACGCAGGAUCAUUUAAUUCCAAAAAGAAAGAAAGAUUCUAAGGGGAGUAGGAGGCAACCGUGGCCCUCAAGAGAAGUUAGGGAUAGAAUAAAACUAAAAGAAAAGAUGUAUAACACAGCAAAGAGUAGCCGGAAGCCAGAGGAUUCGGAAACUUUCAUAGGUCAACAGAAAGAAACAAAAUGGGCAAUACAGGCUGAAAAGAUGAAGCACGAGGGGAAACUGGCCAGGAAUGUAAAGAAGGACAGUAAAGGCUUCUUUAGACAUGUUAAGGGAAAAAGAAUAGCAAAGUCAAAUGUGGGUCCCUUGAAGGCAGACACAGGUGAAAUUAUUAUGGGGAACAAGGAAAUGGCAGAAGAGUUGAACAGGUACUUCGGAUCUGUCUUCACUAAGGAAGACACAAACAAUCUCCCAGAUGUAAUGGAGGACAGAGGAUCUAAGGGGGUGGAGGAACUGAAAUAAAUUUUCAUUAGGUGAGAAAUAGUAUUGGGUAGGCUUGUAGUGGCCAUUUGGCCUGUUUUGCAUAUCAUUGAGGAUGGCAUAUGCUUUUAAAUUUUAGACUGCCCGUUAUAUUGUGGGUGGGAUUCAUGAUGUGUUUUUGGGUGUUUGGAGCUUAGAUGCUUGUGCAGAAGUUUAGUUUUUAGUUUAGUUUGGAGAGACGAUGGGGAAAGUUAACCCGUCUACCAUGCGGGAUCAUGCGGAUCUUGCCAGUGUUACGGAGACACGAGGAGUUUACUAAUGUCUAAAGUAAUAAGCUGGAGUUCGAAGAAGAUUGUAGUAACGAGUCAGAAGAAACUUGGAUGUAUCUUACUGUUUUCUAUCAACAAUAAAGCAUUUAUUCAUCAAAAGACUGUAUUUUGAAGCCAUAUCUGAGAAGAAGCUCUGAAGGUCUCUGUGAGUGAGCUCGCAUGCGUUUAGAAGACACCCGCUUCAACCAUUCUCAACCAAAUAGCGGCUAGGGUGCUAAUUACCUGAAAGAUAUGAAAAUCUGCCACUACAGGCUAAUGGGACUGAAGGAUGAUAAAUCCCUGGGGCCUGAUGGUCUGCAUCCCAGGGUCCUCAGGGAGGUGGCUCUAGAAAUAGUGGAUGCAUUGGUGAUCAUUUUACAAUGUGCAGUAGAUUCAGGAUCAGUUCCUAUGGAUUGGAGGAUAGCAACUGUUAUCCCACUUCUCAAGAAAGGAGCGAGAGAGAAAAUUGAGAAUUACAGACCAGAUAGUCUGACUUCGGUGGUGGGAAAGAUGCUGGAGUCAAUUAUUAAAGAGGUAAUAAUGGGGCAUUUGGAUAGCAGUAAAAGGAUUAGACCAAGUCAACAUGGAUUUAUGAAAGGGAAAUUAUGCUUGACUAAUCGUCUGGAUUUUUUUGAGGAUGUGACAAGUAAAAUGGAUGAAGGGGAGCCAGUGGAUGUAGUGUAUCUAGACUUUCAGAAAGGUCCCGCACAGGAGACUGGUGACUAAAAUUAGAGCACAUGGUAUUGGUGGUAAGGUGUUGACAUGGAUAGAAAAUUGGUUCGAGCCACCACCGCCAUUCAUUGUGAUCAUGGCUGAUUGUCUCCAAUCAAUAACCCGUGCCUGCCUUCUCCCCAUAUCCCUUGAUUUCACUAGCCCCGAGAGCUCUAUCUAACUCUCUCUUUUAAAUCCAUCCAGUGGUUUGGCCUCCACCGCCCUCUGUGGCAGGGAAUACCACAAAUUCACAACUCUCUGGGUGGUCCCGUACUGUGUUCCCUUACUCCUAAAUACUUCUGUGCUCCACCAGAACCCUACAGUUUACUGUGCUGGUCCUGCCCACGCU